UAAAACAACCCCUUUUUUCUACCAUCCUCACUGUCAUGCGCUGAGGCGGCCGCUCGGUGGCGCUGUGGCCAUUUCCUUCUGUUGAGUACAUCAGUCUUUGUGCAGUCGAGGAAGCCGUGAUGGCAGCCACCAUGAAGGGACCUGUAGGCGUUGAAGACGUGAACGUCACAUUUGCUGACCAACAGAAGAUCAAUAAAUUUGCCAGGAACACAAAUCGGAUGACGGAGCUGAAAAAUGAAAUAGAAGGAAAGAAAAAAUCGCUUCAGAACUUGCAGGAUGCCAGCGAUGACCUCAUGAUGUUAGACGACGACGCUCUGUUGAUCCCAUAUCAAAUCGGCGACGUCUUUGUCAGUCACACCCAGGAAGAAACCCAAGAGAUGCUGGAGGCUGCAAAGGAAACACUGGAGCAGGAGGUGAAAGGCCUUGAGGAACGCGUGUCUGCGAUACAGCAAGUUUUGGGUGAUCUGAAGGUCCAGCUCUAUGCCAAGUUCGGUAACAACAUCAACCUGGAGGCCGAUGAAAGCUGAGCUGUCAAUUGGACUUUGACAGCUGCCCCAACACAGACUCUGUCAUGCAGCUCUCGUAUCCGAUCCACAAAGCGUCUGCCCAGAAAAACAUCAAGCAGGACCUGGCGUGAAAGGUUGCAAUUUGGAGCUCCUGGCCUUUGUUGGUGCACGCAUGUUUAAUGACUCGUCAUUUUAGCUCCUGCAAAGCAAUUUACAAGGACACGAAAAGAUCUGGUUUGAAGAUUGGAUAGAUGAACAUCAUGUCUACGGUCUUUUAUUCGGUUUCUUUAUUAACAUUUGUUUCCUUUUACUUGGUGGAUCAAACUAAAGUUAAAAAAACAGCUGUUUAGUCUUUUAAUUUGGGACAAAUUUGACAUUCUGAGGUUGUUUCAUUUGUAAACUCACUUUGUGUUUGAAUACCCUGAAGGAAUAAAGAAGUUGUCUCUG